CAUGCACAGUCCCGGCGCGGCGCUGCUCCUGAGGGCGGGGCAGCCCGCGGCUCCACCGCCUGGUACCGCCAGGACGCGGGUCCCGAGUGCCGCUGGCCGCGAAAACCGCUGCCGCCCGAGCCCCGCACCAGUCCCCCCGCCCCAUGGCCCUGAGCGCGCCACUCCGAGUUCCGGCUUCCAGAGGUGGCUCCGGCAGGCGGCCAACGCUGGGCCGGCAGCCCAGCCUCGGCGCGCCGCCUAGGAUGCGACCUCGAGUCCUCGGCCCACGGCAGCCACGCCCAGGGAGACGCGGAUCCCCGCCCCCCCGGGCCCUCGCUCACCCCGGCCCAGGAGGACGAGCCGCCACAGGACGGUGAGGCCCCUUGCGGCCCGCCCCUCCUGCCCCGAGGCGGUUGAGGCCAGGACCAGAAGACUGGGGGCGGACGUGGGGAUCCGGAGAAGAGCUGUAGAGGAUGAGCAUCCGGAUGAAGAGUGGAGAGAGAGGAGGGGUGUCUACCCCAGCCCCACUGCGCAUCUUUCUGCAGGUUCUCUUGUCCUUUGGUGAGGAUUCUCCAAGGCGUCUCAACACAUGAGCCGGCUCAGAAACGCCAAGAUCCACGUGGAGAGAGCUGUCAAGCAGAGGAAGAUUUUCAUGAUCCAAGGCCACUACCCUGUGAUCCGGUGCCUUUUGUGCCGGAGGGGCUGGGUAGAGAAGAAGAUGGUCCAUCACUUGGGUACCACGCUGCCACCACCACACAAGGAUCUGGAUAGCUCAGUCAUGGGUGACAGUGAUACCACUGAGGAUGAGGAUGAAGAUGAGGAUGAAGCAUCCUGGCCACCACAGCUGUUCGACUUCGAUGAUUUACUGGAAUUUGAUGACCUGCAUGGGACGCAUGCUGUGAUGUCGCGCAUGGUUCGGGAUGAGAUCCCCUACUUCAUCUGGACCACUCGGCGGAAUGUGCUGGACUGUCGCUUCCUCUCCAAGCAUCAAAUGAUAAACCACUAUGCCCGGGCGGGCUCCUUUACCACAAAGGUGGGUCUAUGUCUCAAUCUCCGGAAUUUGCCAUGGUUUGACGAGGCUGAUGCCGACUCCUUCUUCCCGCGCUGCUACCGCCUGGGGGCUGAGGAUGACAAAAAGGCCUUCAUAGAGGACUUCUGGCUGACAGCUGCCCGCAACGUUCUCAAGCUGGUGGUAAAGUCAGAACGGAAGUCAUACUCUAUCCAAGCAGAAGAGGAGGAGACCCCAGGAGACAAGCAGCCCAAGAAACAAGAGAAAAAGCCGGUGACGGUGUCCCCAGAGUUUGUGGAUGAGGCUCUGUGCGCCUGCAAGGAGCACCUUAACAAUAUGGCCCACGUGGACAUUGACAAGGACAUGGAGGCUCCGCUCUACCUGAGCCCUGAGGCCUGGUCCCUCUUCCUUCAGCGCUACUAUCAAGUGGUCCACGAGGGGGCGGAACUCAGGUACCUCGACACUCAGGUCCAACGCUGUGAGGACAUCCUGCAGCAGCUGCGGGCCGUGGUGCCCCAGAUGGACAUGGAAGGAGAUCGCAACAUCUGGAUCGUGAAGCCUGGAGCCAAGUCCCGUGGACGAGGCAUCGUGUGCAUGGACCACCUGGAGGAGAUGCUGAAGCUGGUGGACGGCAAUCCCAUGAUGAUGAAGGAUGGCAAGUGGGUGGUGCAGAAGUAUAUUGAGCAGCCCCUGCUCAUCUUUGGCACCAAGUUUGAUCUGAGACAGUGGUUCCUGGUGACCGACUGGAACCCACUUACUGUGUGGUUCUACCGCGACAGCUACAUCCGCUUCUCUACACAGCCCUUCUCCUUGAAGAACCUGGACAACUCUGUGCACCUGUGCAACAACUCCAUCCAGAAGCACCUGGAGAAUUCGUGCCACCGACACCCACUGCUGCCCUCAGACAACAUGUGGUCAAGCCAGAAGUUCCAGGCUCACCUGCAGGAGAUGGGGGCCCCGAACGCCUGGUCCACCAUCAUCGUGCCUGGCAUGAAGGCUGCGGUGAUCCACGCCCUGCAGACCUCCCAGGACACCGUGCAGUGUCGGAAGGCCAGCUUCGAGCUCUAUGGCGCUGACUUUGUGUUCGGUGAGGACUUCCAGCCCUGGCUGAUCGAGAUCAAUGCCAGCCCCACCAUGGCACCCUCCACGGCUGUCACCGCCCAGCUCUGUGCCGGCGUACAGGCCGACACCCUGCGCGUGGUCAUCGACCGGCGGCUGGACCACAGCUGUGACACGGGGGCCUUCGAGCUCAUCUACAAACAGCCUGCCGUGGAGGUGCCCCAGUAUGUGGGUAUCCGGCUUCUAGUAGAGGGCUCCACCAUCAAGAAGCCCCUGGCGAUGUGUCACCGGCAAAUAGAAGUCCGCCCAGCCCUCCCUCACCUGCUGACCCAGCGAGGCUCUGGGGAACACAAGGACUCGGGAACCCUUACCCACAGGUCAGCUUCUAAGAAAGUUGCUGGGGCCAGGAGCCUGGGGCACACUGAGAAGCCAGACUCCACUGCCACCACCCCGGCCCCUGGAAAGGGGAAGAAAGGCAAGGCGAAAAGUGCCACAGCCCUGGUCCGCCCCAGUCUCCGGAAGUGGGACCCCCCUAGCACGAGGAUGGGCUGCAUUUUCACCGUGACCUUUGCUAGUGGGGACAGGCAUCCCCACCCCUUGAACAGAUUGCCAUUGAGUCUGAAGAACCCCCAGGCCCUGGGUAAGACCAUUCCCCCAAAACACCCCAGGGUCUCAAGGCAAUUUCUUCCUGCUCUCCAAGCCCCUCCUAACCACCUGGAUUUGUCCCACCCAAGAGCCACCAGUGCCUCUGCAGAAGGAACCGGGUGGGCUCCAUCUGCCCUCACACACCCCAGCCGUCAGCUCCCCCUGCCUCCCCGCCCUCCAUGCACACCUGGAGGGGCAGCUGGUCAGCCUGGGGCUCCCCAGGCCCUCACAGCCCAUCACCACUUCCCCACCCUCCACAGGACGGCCCAGCUGCCUUCUCCCCGUGUGCUCCGACCCCAGGGCCGGGGCCUCAGACUGAAGCACAGCAGGCUGGUGGGCUCUGAGGCCCUGUCGACCACAGGCAAGGCCUUGAUGACUCUACCUACUGCCAAGGUUUUGAUUUCCCUCCCACCUAACCCUGAGCUCAAGCUGGCACCCAACGCCCUGAAACCAAGAAAGGCUCUUGCUCCCCAGCGCUUUCAUGGUGCCCCACUUGGAAGUAACUUGUGGUCUCAACCCUUUGAAGUCGGAAAUCUUCCUAGCACCCAUAGGAAGAUCAAGGCCAAAGGCAACUUCAAGGCCAGACUCUGUGACAAACCCAAGGCUGAGACAUGCCUCAUGACGACACUGAGCCUUCCGAGACCCCUGCCCCUUAUCAGUGCACACCAGGGUCUGGGGGGCAUGAGGGACGUGUGGCUACAGAAGUCCUUGCUUCGAUCAUCACUGCCCUUAUCCUGGACGCAGCACCAAGUAAAAAAGCAAAUGAAGUAUUUGAGGCUUGGCUCCUUUUCUCUUAGAGGGUGAAGAGAGAGUAGGGUGCGGCUCUGUACCCCAAGGUCCAGAACAAGAGCUAGAGGCCAUCAGCAACUCCUCCCCAAAGCAAGGCCCAGAAUUCCCACCCAGUGACAGACAUGAGGCAUCCUGUCCAGGGACUCCCCUGGCAUCUCUGAUCUCGGGGUGGGAGGGUAAGUCUCAUGCUACAGACGAGGAAACUGAGUCUGAACGAGGAGACAUGGCUUGCCCAAGAUCAUGUGGCAGUGAGCAGAAGGCUGGGACACAUUACUACGACUGCUGAGCCCUGCGGGUCUCCCCGGUCCCCAAGCCCAGAGGAGGAGCUGGGCUGGCAGCAGAAUGACAUCUAAUGGGCACAAGAUUUACAGCAGGAGACACAGCAGAAGAGUGGACCCAGCCCUUCUCCAGAUGAAGUGGGUCUCUCCCUUCCUCUGCAAGGGGCCAAGGUCACCUAAAAAGGAAAUAUCCAAUAAGCCACACCCAUCUGAAAAAGUUUGGUAUUUCUUCAUUGUAAUGGGUUGAACAUUGGUAUGUCUUCCUGGAACCUGUGAAUAUGACUUUAUUUGGAAAAAAGGGUCUUUGUAGGUGUAAGUACGUUGAAGGUUUUUAGAUGAGAUCAUCCUGGAUUAUCCAGAUGGGACCUAAAUCCAAUGACAAGUGUCCUUACAAGAGACGAGAAGACAAACGAGGAGAAGGCCAUGUGGAGACAGAGGCAGAGACUGGUGUGAUGCAGCCACAGGCCAGGAAGAGGCAAGAGGCAAGGAAGGAUUCUCACCUAGAACCUUCAGGGAGAGCACAGCCCUGCUGACACCUUGAUUUUGGACUUAUGGCCUCCAGAACUGGGAGAGAAUCCAUUUCUGUUGCUUUAGGCCACUCGAGUUGUGGUAAUUUGUUGCAGCAGCAGCCCUAGGAGACUAACACACUAGUCAAAUGAAGAUACAUAAAUUCUGUAUAUUUAUGAAUCCAUUCUUGCACAGCUGAACCAGGAGAUGCGUACAAGCAGGCUCACAGCAGCACUGUGGUAACAGCUGACGACCUAAGUGUCCAUUAACAGUCAGAUGGAUAGACUGCAAGCUCUGACAUUCCAACUCUGCGCCGCACAACAGAUGCAUUUCACGGGGUAGAGCAAGAACAAGUCACAAAAGGAUAUAUGCAGCACAAUUCCAUUCCAACAGAAACUUCAGAAACGGCAAAAUGAAAUAUAUUGUUUAGGGAUGCAUGUAUAUGUGGUAAAACUCUAAAAAACAAAGAAUUCUCCCAAGUCUGGGCAGUGGUUUCCAACCUUGACUGAACAACAGUACCCAUUCCAGAGCUUUUAAAAAAGAUCUGAUGCCAGGGUCUCCAUCCCAGACUGGUGAAACCAGCAUCUUUGGGGUGCAGUCAUGGGAGGCAUGGGUGUUUUUUUUAAGCUUUCUGAGUGGGCAGGGUAGGGGGUUCUCAUGUCGGGCCAGGGUUGAGAGCUGCUGUUGUCUAGGAUAGGAGAAGGGAGGGAUGCUUCUCUUUUGUGCCGAGUGGUGGUUAUGUGGGUGUCACC